GUUGAGUAGACGAGCAGCUGGUAGGCACGCCGUUUCUAUAACAACGCGAUCAGGAAGAACGGAAUACUGAAGGAAAAGGCGCAUUCGUUCGUAAAUUUAUAAAGAAUGUUAUUUAAGAUAACCUACAUUAGCUUCUCGCCUUCAUGGCUUGGUGAAAGUUGAAAGGCUCUAUCCUCUGACUGUAACAGCCUCGUUUGGUAAAGAUGUCGUUGUCCACGGCCAGAGCAAGUCCAGCGCCAAGCUCACCCAGAGGAGAGCAAGCAGACGAGACUGACCUGAGAGUCCAACUUCCAGCUCUGGAGAUCAGGAAGGGGCCACUUCCUGUCAAACAAGCGGCCAUCCCAGAUGAACUGCUGCUCAGCCUCACCUCCACUGUCUCCAAGAACACACAGGGCCACACUGCACAUCACCGAAGCUGUGAAAAUGAUGGAAUCAGACGGCCAGAUGGAGUUUGGCAUUAUCCGCUCGGACGCAACAAAUACAAAUACUUUCUGGAACAGCCAACAUCGCUGACAGAAGCCGGCAGGGAUAUUUCCUUCCUGUGCGAUGCUGUGCUUACACAGAAAAAGAUGACUGCUCUCCCACCACUGCAUGAGAAGAGCUGCAACGGAGACACAAACUACGGGAACUUGGAUGUCAAACAAAAUGUGAUCCCUGAAGAGUAUCGUAUUGUGAAGAACAAAGGAAUACGAUCCCUCCAGUUGUAUGAAGAUGCAUUCACAGUGCAGCUGAAAGAUCAGGAGCAGAAGUUACGAGUCCUCCCAUCACUGAGGCCCAGUGGCAGGCUGGAAGUGAUCCAGCUGAUGAGGAUGAUGGAUGACAUGCUGGAAAAGGCCGGAGUGGAUCAGGACAACGAAGAGCUGACUGAUCUGUGCCAACUCGAAAGCUUGUUGGAACUGGUGAAGACAGAGCAGAACAUCUACAACAUCGUUUUCCAUGAACUGAUCAGGCAGGUUACCGUCAGCUGCGCUGAGAGAGGACAGCUCCUCGCCAAACUCAGGCAGCGGUACCAGUCUCUGCUUGAGCGAAUCCCCCGGCGCCUGACAUCGUUACACGCUGAGGUGGUAGCACAGCGGGCUCUGGACCGUCGGCUCAUUGAGGAAAUUUACCAUAUCAAGGCAACCAUCCAAGAGAUAAACAUGGAACUAGCAAAAGUCAGAGACCAUGAUGCUUUUGUUUCCGAUAAGGUGCAGCACGCACAGGAGGAACUUGCCAAAACCUACAAAGAGACUCUCAGCUGCUCAGAUGUUGUCCAGGGUUACCAUCAUAUGUAUGAGCUGCACAGAACUCGUCUGGAGGAUCAGCUGCUAAAGAUGAUGGAAGACAGAGACUAUUGGAGACAGUUCACCUUCAACCUCGCCCUCAAAGUGAUUAAAGUGAAGAAGCUCCGGCUUGUCAGGGAGCUGUAUGUCAGUGAGGAAAGUUGGUUCAAGACAGCACAGGACUGCCUCAUCUACAUCUCCACACAGGAUAUAUGUGAUCUGGAUGUCAUAGUGGAGUUGGCCAACAAGUGGAGAGAUCAGCUGAUCGGCCUCAUGUUCUUUGUGAAGAAGAUUCAGCUUGUUCAGUUUGAACAGCUCUCCUCCAUACAGGGAGAAAUCAAAAAGUGGCGUCAUUACGUCAGCAUACAGAAUCUGGAUGAGGCUCCAGAAUAUGACGUUACAACAUUGGCAGAAAUCCAUGCAGACGUAUGGAAGUGGUCAAAUAAGCUGUCACUUGCAUCUCAGGAAUGCCAAGGUGAAAGAAAGAUUUUAUUUCAGAAGAGACUGAGUGAACUCUACAGUACCCUGGAUAGAUUUAUAAAAAUAAGCUUUUAUAUUGUUGAAAGACACACUUUCCCUGAUGUUGAGUCUGCCAUGAGCCUUGAGACUAUAAAAGAACUGGAGAGUGACCUACUUGAACUUCUCAGACAGUAUGAAACUCAAAUCAGUGUGAUCCACCAACUCCUUACAUCCAUGUUUAAACUGAUGGACUUCUGGGCUUCUGAAACUCAUGAUGCGCUGCAGCUGUUCUGUCCUCAGUCAGCGUUGACCGCCUCUGAUUCGGUUAAACUGGAAGAAGCUUUGUCUAAUUGCCAGCACAUGUCUGCAGAGAUAUUUUUGUACUUCCAUUUCGCACAAAAGGAAAAACAAACGGACCCAGAAAUGGUCCAAAUAAUCCCUGACUUGUACUCAGGGUCAGACAAGUCGAUAGAUGAGGUUCACGAGCUCAAAAAACGCCUGUUCAGCUUCUCUGAGACUGAGAACAAGAAACUGGAAGAAGAGGUGACUUGUUUUCACAAAGGUCAAACAAACUGGAUGUUGGAACUGUUGCUUCACUUGUUACCUGACCAGACUGAGGAAGAAGAUAAAAAUCCAAAACGUGAAGACAAAUCAGAAAACUCAAGACAAGCUUUAGUUAAGGAUGCAAAAGGACUUUCUAAGAAAUUGGUCUAUUAUUCCAGAUUUAUUACCAGAGCAUGCAAUUCAAUUUUGGAGCAGUUGUUGGUGGUGGACCCUUAUUUUGCAGAGGUGGGAGAUAGGAAAAAACAGCUUAAAAAGCUGCAGACAGAUGGUAAUAAAUGGAUGGAAAGUGUAAAAAUACUGCUCAAAGUACUUAAUGAGGAAUUUGAGGCGGAACUCAUCGAGCAACCAGAAGAAACUUCAAGCAUCCCUCAGCCGCCAGAAAGCAUGGAGACUCAGACCAGUGGAGGUCCUUUACAGGAGCCCAGGCAAGCUGGCAAAACCAAAGAUGGGACUGAGCCAGAAAAAACUGAGAUGACAAGUGAAGAACCUGAAACAGAACAACAAGAGAGGCCAACAGUAAAGCUGAUAGACUAUGAUGGAAACAUCAUUCAAAUAUACCAGGAUGAGAACAUGGUCCAGCUGCCUGGGGGCAAUGAGCUGGUUGUGUGUCCAGUAAUAGAAGAAGCUCAAAAAGCUUUCUCUGAUCUAACAACAGUAAUCCUCCUUCAGAAAGAACUAAGUGACUCUGAGAAGAUAGCAAUAAUUGCUCAGAACCGAGCUCGGGAAGCCGAGGAGGCUCUGACUGAAGCGCUGAAUAAGAUUAAAGACCUGGAGAGAUUGCUCCAGAGACAGCCUGCUCCUGAGCCUCCAAGCAAAGAUGAGGAAAAGAAAACUCCACCUUGUUCCCCACCUCCAGCUGCAGAACCAACUUCUGAAACAUAACCCACAGUUGAAGCCAAACUAGAAAGCAACACCACGAAGAAAACAUGUUGUGACUCUGUGUUUAUGUUUGAGGCUGUCUUAUUUAUUUUUGUUGUAUUUGGCAAAGAAGAAAAAUAUCAAUGGCUACAUUUAACAACCCGCGACUUCUCAAAGUGUGAUGCAUAAAUAAAAAAAACUGCAGAAAACAGAAAAGCAAUAUACAUUUACAGUAUCGAGAGGUUUUCUUUCAUCGCCUUAUUAUCACAAUAAGGAUACACAGUACAAGGAUACACCUCACUUCCUGAUACUGUGUGUGCUGUGCAUGUUUGCUGUGGCAUGUGUCAGCCCUUUGUCCCUUCAAUGUCUCUCUUCCUGCUGUACUAAUAAAUGUCUAUGCAAAUGCUCUUGGA